GUGCAUGUAGUACGUAUGUAUGCGGUAAAGGUGAUACUAGGAUGUGAUGGUUUCAGCUCUGCUAUAAUGACAUAUCAAGUCUUAUUGGGAUGGCCGUCCAAGGUGCCGUGGUGGUUACGCAGCGUGGCCAUUCUCAUCCUACUCUGCCUAACACCACGCGCCAAAUCCCUGGAUCAUUCUCAGUGUAUUGCUCCCUUGGGAAUGGAAAGCGGGGAUAUCAAGGAUUCCGCUAUCUCGGCCUCGUCCUCUUUUGAGGAUUCCACCGUUGGGCCUCACAACGCUAGAGUUCGAGUGGACCAACAUGGUGGGGCGUGGUGUCCUAAAAACAUGAUUGAAAAAGAGACCAAGGAAUGGCUGGAAAUCGAUUUGGGCUCGGUGCACUCACUUACCGCGGUCGAGAGCCAGGGUCGUUUUGGCAAUGGCCAAGGCGUCGAGUUCACCGAGGCUUAUGUCAUCGAGUACUACCGACCCCGACUCCGAAAGUGGGUGCGCUAUCGCACCAAGAAAGAGAAGGAGGUCCUUGAUGCCAAUACCAACACCUACUUAGCGGUGAAAAACGAGCUAAAUCCCGUGAUAUUGGCCCAGAAGAUCCGGUUUCACCCCUUCAGCAAUUUCAAACGAACCAUUUGUAUGAGGGUUGAAGUGUACGGCUGCAGCUACCAUGAGGGGGUCGUGUCCUAUUCCAUGCCUCAGGGCGAUGAACGGGGUAAUGAGUACCAUUUUUACGACUGGACCUACGAUGGAGAUCGGAUUGGCAAUCGAUUGAUCAACGGUUUGGGUUGUCUCACAGAUGGGGAUCAUGGGCCAGACGACUUCAAGCUCAAUUAUUACGCCAAAGACCGUGGUUGGGUUGGUUGGAAAAAAUCAUCUACGCGGGAAAUGAUUGAAAUCGAAUUCGAAUUCGACGAUGUCCGCGAGUUCCAUCAUGUCCAUAUUUACACAAAUAAUCAAUUCACCCGAGAAGUGGCCGUGUUUAAGGAGGCCAAAGUGAUGUUUUCCAUCGGAGGCAGCAUCUUUCCCGGCGAUCCCGCAAUCUUUGUGCCCAUCGAGGAUCGCAUAUUUGAACAACCUCGCAAUGUGUCGGUCAAACUUCACCGUCGAGUCGGCAAAUACGUCAAAAUUCAAUUAUAUUUUGCCUCCAAAUGGAUAAUGAUCUCGGAGGUGGCAUUUGAGUCGAGCUUAGCUCGAGGAAAUUAAACUCAAGAAGUUGAAGGUGAUGAUGAUGAUGACGGUGAGGGUGAGAGCGAUGAUGAGAAAGAAGGCCUCCUCGACUCCACUAUCAUAAUGAACAUAGAUAAAACCCGUGACAUGGCGGGAGCUAGUGGAAGUAACCGGCAAUUGAACGAGGAGACCAUCGGUUUGGUUGGAGAUCAGGCCUCUGGGACCACAACUAAGGAGGCCUCAGGCUCGGCACUCAAUCCCAGCGAUGAAUCAGCAUUCAUGCCCAUCAUCAUUGGCGUGCUCACGGUUGUUAUACUGGUCUUGACCGCCGUCAUCUUUCUCAUUGUCAGGCAUCGAAAACAGAAUUCUGACCCCGAUGGGUUGGCAGCCAAAAUGGCCUUGCACUAUCCGGAAGCCCAUCCCCUAACGUAUGCGGGUCCAUCGGACACGGGCUCCAGUGGGUCGUCAAGGAGACAAGUCCCCUUUUCCGGCCCGCCCCAAUAUCGCGACGAGCCUUGUAGCGCCCCCCAUAGCCAUCUAAUUGCUCCCGCCCAUUCCAUUCGAUUUUCAAACUCCCCCACGCACAAGCUGUACUCGGUGGCCAAUCGAGAUGGAUCGCUUCACAGUGCAGCCUCCCCCUUGGGAUCUCGUCGAUUGUUUCCACCGGUACCACGUCUUCAGGUACCACCCCCUCCCACCUCACAGCCUCCACCAUCCCUCAAAAAGGAGGCUGUUUAUUCGGAGCCUGCCACUUACACUGAGCCAUUCCAAUCCGUCAGGCAUAGUCCCUAUUAUGGCUAUGGGUUCUGUGGCGACUUCGAUGACACACUUAUCAAGCAGUCACUUUUGUCAGAUGCAUCCGGAGGCGAUUAUGCCGUACCAAUUCCUCCCCGACACACCCGAACCUCAACGGGUUCUUCCUCAACCACGCCGUCGAGUGGCUCUAGAUACUCUUCGUCUUCACAACUACCAAAGCCGUCGCCCUCUCACCGAGAACGACAUCAGCAACAGCAACAGGAACAGCAACAACUGCAGACAACCCACUCUCGGCUCCCCUCCAAUACAUUGGAGGAAGAAGUCCAUAAUCCUCAACGGCUCUUGGCCUCGAAGCUGCAAAGCCAUCUGGUGCCAGGCAUCACCACGAGCCAUCUCUCAUUGCGACAAAGGCUCUCAGAAGGCGCUUUUGGUACGGUCUGGAUUGCAGAUGCUCACGGACUCCCCGAGUAUGGACAACCUUUGGCAGAGGUGGACUCGCGUUCCAAGACCUUGGUGGCUGUGAAAUUUCUCUCAGACUCAGCCAGUCAGACUGAAAAGACCGAAUUCAUUCAAGAUGCUCGUCUCUUGUCAGCAUUGGAUGAUCCCAAUAUCGCUCGUGUGUUGGGUUUGUGCACAACGCAAGAUCCUCAUUUUGUGGCCUUGGAGUAUUUGGAAUUGAAUGAUCUCAACCAGUUCUUGCGUUCCCAUCUCCCCGAUACCUUGGCCCAUAUACCAAGUGGAACACGCACCUUGAGCUUUGGUACCCUUCUCCAUUUCUGCUCGCAAAUUGCGUCAGGAAUGAGGUACAUGGAAGCAUUAAACUUCGUGCAUCGGGACUUGGCAACCCGGAAUUGCGUGGUGGGUCGUGGACAUCACGUCAAGAUUGGAGACAUUGGAAGAGACAACCCCAUUUAUGAUCGGGACUACGUGGACAUGGACAAUCAUCUUGUUCCGAUUCGUUGGAUGGCCUGGGAAUCAAUCGUCGGGGGUAAAUAUACAAUGAAGUCAGAUGUCUGGAGUUUCGGCGUGGUGCUGUGGGAGAUUCUGCAAUUCGCCAGUAUUAGACCUUACGCCACUCUGGACGACACUCAAGUGAUGGAGGAAUUGCACGCACUCCGAAAGUCGGAGCGGAUGCAAAAUCGCUUGGAGCAGCCCCCCAACUGUCCCAAGGACCUUUACGAACUCAUGUGCGAGUGCUGGAAACAGGACGCCACUUCUAGGCCGUCCUUCCGGGAGAUCCAUCUUUUCCUCCAACGAAAAAACUUGGGUUACCCGGGCUCGACCACGGCAACAGUCCCAUCUUCAGCCAGAACGGGGGAAAGUGGAGCCGGGCCUCAGAACUUAUCUUCGGUCUCCUCGGGUUCCUUCCCGAUGAUCCCGAGGGGUGUUGAUAACCCGGAGAGACACACGGAUAGUGUCAACGGGCACGACUUUGCAGAAGCUCGAAACAAGUGAGGUCCAUCACCAGAUUGAGUCUGAAGAAAAUACUUGGCCACGUCCCCACCUCCACCUAUCGACUCCAUGAUGGACAGAAAAAACGACCGAGACAAAAAUCCAAGUGUGCCUAAUAUGCUACCAGCUAUCAAGCGAAGGUUGUGUGAUGAAACACGACGGCAUUUGGUGCACGACUUCGAGUUAAGCAGAACGGGGGAGAAAAAAAGAAUCACUUCUGAUGAAUGCCACACGGUCCGUCAAAGCAAGAGAGAAGGCUGGGAGAAAAGAUGGAGGUCUCUUUUUUUAGGGCUACUCACUCAUUCACACUUGCGUGCCUACAUUUUAAUCUCAGCCGAUAAUAAUCCAAGUGCCCCCCACUCAAGUUGAUUCUCCGCCGGGUGGCUUCACGACUUCGCGUCCUCACUAAUCCAAACUCCGGACCCCAAACCUUGCUCAAGCCUAGACGACGAAAAUGGUUUUAACUAUGUCCUCUCCUCUUAACAAAUUUUUCGCUCCAAUGAGCGACUACUCACUGACGAAGUGAAACGAACCUCUCGGAUGAACCCACUCACUCGCUCACUCAGCUCUGGCGGUGAUGCAGAUGAGCAUGAAGAACGCAUUGGCUAGGCCCACUAUGAAGGGAGGGCCAUGGCCAGAUGCUGCAGUGUCGUGGUGCCCAUCAUUAUCAGUCUGACCUACACUUUGUGUUCAACCUACUCUUGCAUGUUCAUUCCCCACAAAUAAGUAUACAUAUUAUAAAAUCUACCUGAAGGUGCCAUGCAGCAAUUAUCGCCUCCGACUCGUGUCAACAGAAUCUUGUAAAGACACCUGACAUAUAGGUAUGGCAACCGAAUUAGUCGCUUCUAAAUCCUGUGAUAAGAAUAUUGACCAUUCAAUUUGAAAUAAAAUGAGACCACAAAUUCCGUUCA